AACACAUUCUCCCACGCAAGUAAAAAUUAAAAGGAUCACUUAAACAUACGUCAUAAAGUUGAAUUUUUAUUUAUCAACAAUUUGAUAAUCUUUCAUUAAAGUAUACGAAUGAAUUAAAGAAUGGUUAGGUUGAAUAUUGAUAUGAUAGCCCGAGGAACAUCGGGCUAUACAAAGAAGAAGAGGGAGGAAAGCAUGAACCAGUAUUUAAGAAGGCUAACACAUUUAUAUCUAGAGAAUAGAUCCAUAGACGAAGUCGGAGACGAUCUAUCUUUGUGCAGAAACCUUAUAGUAUUAUAUCUUUACGAUAACCGGCUACCAGCAGUACCACAUUUGCUACAAAAUCCUAAUUUGACUCAUUUAUAUUUACAGAACAAUCAAAUCCAGCGUAUUGAAAACCUAAUCGGAUUGAAUAAAUUGACUAAAUUAUAUUUUGGAGGAAAUUCUAUUACUGUUGUAGAAGGUUUAGAAAAGUUAGAAAAUUUACAAGAACUUCAUAUUGAAAAUCAAAAAUUACAAAGAGGAGAGAAAUUACUAUUUGAUCCAAGAUCAAUUGUUGCAAUAUCCUUAACUCUUCAAGUUCUUAACGUAUCGGCUAAUUAUUUGACCAGUAUUAUUGAUUUGGAAUGCUUAAAGGGUUUGACCCAGUUUUUUGCAGCCGACAAUUACCUAUCUGAUUUCCAGGAAUUAGCACAUUGCCUCAACAGCUGGCGCAAUCUAUCAAGACUGGAUUUACUUGGAAAUCCCCUUUGCCAUAAAUCAAAGUACAGAGACAGAAUUAUUGUAUUAUGCAAUAAUUUAGAACUCUUAGAUGGAAAAGAGAUAACUCCGUUAUCGAGGAGUUUUAUAAAAAAUUGGCAAGCUUCAAAGGAUAAGAAGAGACUUUCGGAUUAUAAGAAAAGAAACGUUUUUUCAGAAACUGCUGUUAGAACUAAUGAUGGAGAUCUUCCACCGAUUUCUUAUCAAAGACACCAAAGUGUUCCUGGCUUCAUGAUGCCAGCACUUCCGCGGACGAAAUUCCAGGAAAUUCUAGCACGUUCCAACAGCCAACCUGUAUCUCGCACUAGGCUGAAAUCUGAAGAAAAUCAAAUGGCCUAUACACCAAGUGAACAAUUCAAUUUUAACUCCAGACAAGUUGGUACCCCAGCCUCCGCCACCCACGAUGUCCAAAUUGACGCUUGAGCAGGUGUUGCUGCCUUUUUAAAAGAUGUUUCCUGUAUAUUUUUACUUUUUAUCGUUUAUUGUUUUUAAUUUCUUGUUUAGAGAAUUCUUUAUUUUUUACCUAUUCUAUACCUCUUUUGUUUAAUAAAUACCCCCUUAUUUUUACAGAAGUUCUCAACCUAGAUGGCCUAAAUCUUUACCCCCACUAAAUAUGGAUUAAAUAUUUUAAAUUCCGUUGUAAUUAGUUUUUUUAAUCAUUUUAAAAAGCUUAUUUUUAUUUUAUGAAAAACCCAGUAAUCAUGCUUGAUUGAAGAUGAUUUUUUUUAUCACAUCAUUACUCUCUUUGUUACCACUCCUGCUACUAUUAUGAUCUUUUUUAUGUACUAUUGCAUAUAAAUAAUAAUGGAUAUCUAUAUAUCUAUAUACACGUGUGUUCAUAUAGAUAUAUUAAUAUAUAUGGAUGUAGAAAGAGAGAGAGAGAUACAUCUUUUUUUUGCUUUGAUUCAAAAAAAAAGAAGAAAAGAAAGAGAAAAGAAAUUGUAGAUAAGAUAAAACUUUUCUUAAGAAUAAGGUUUUUUAUUUUUGAUCUAUUCAUUAAAAAACUUGACCCACUUUUUCCCUACUUUUUUAUUGUUAUAAAAUUGAAAGUAAUAAAGAAAGAGAGAGAGAGAGAGAGAAUGAAGAAAAAAGAAACACACAAAAUUUAAUAAUCCUUUAGAUAAACUUAAUAAAGAAUAUUGAAAAAUUUAACAAAGAGUUGUGAAAAUUGUCAAAAUAGAUAAAACUAUAAGCAAGAGAUUAGUUUUACUAACAAAACAUAUGUUUUAAUUAUUAGAAAUUAAUGAAAAAAUUAAGAAAAGAUUUAUCUUAUCAUCAUUUAUGAUUCUCUCUUUUUUCAUCUUAAUUUAAUCAAAAUCUUUAAAUAUUAUUUUACUAAUUCAAUAUUUUAAUAAAUAUUUAGAUACAAGAAUACCAUGGGAACUUAUUUUCACGAUGAUAAUAGUAAUCCGGUUUCGGCGGAAAUAUUUAAAACUACACAAGAUAGCUUACCUUCCACAGUUACCAUCACUUUGGAAUAGAUGCCAUCUUAAUAGUUGUAUUACUAAUCGUUAUUUUUUUUAAAUAUGUAUGCUAUUAUAUAUAUAUAUAUAUUCAUUGUUUUCCAUACUAUGCUGAGUGAUAAUUAAAACUAAUAGGCAGAGAUUAAGAGAGAAGGAGAGUAAGGGGGAGAAGUGAAAGAGAUUGAUAGAUAGAUUGAGAGGUAAAGAAGGUAGUACUUCUUUAUUUUUCUUAUUCCAUCCAAAUAUACAUUGUGAUAUUUUACAACGUAAUAAAAUAUCCAUCUAACUCUCCUCCCUUCUUAAUUUCACUCAUGCUGAGAAUUACAAUCAUUUUUUUGACUAGGCUAAAAAAACUUAUAAUUUUCAAUUUUGUAUUCUUAUUAAGAAACAAAAGAAGCAUAAUCAUAAAUAAGUCUACCACGAUUGUUUACAAUAUUGAAGCAAGUAUUUGUUUAUUAAUGAUUUAUUAUUAAUAAUAAUAAUAAUUUUAAAAAAAAUGUUCACUUGUUUUAUUUUUAACUAAGAGGAAACGUGAACUUGUCAGAUGGCAAAAUUGUCCACUAAUGUUUUAAAUAUUUUCCUUUCUUUUCUCUUUAUCUUAUUAUGUAGUCAGCAGAAAAGUAGUGCUUAGGAAAAAGUUAUCUUUAUAGAUAUCCUAUGACAAAAGGUCGUAUGGCUCUUUUUCAAAUAGUACGUAAAAGUGAUAAAACCACUUAAAAUUAACCUAUAGAUUAUUU